AAUAAAUAAAUUCUUCUAAAUUAGAAAUAAGAUACGAAUUAUGGUUAUUGUUUGUAUUAACGUAGUAUGAAAUGUUAUUUAAAAGGCAGUUGAUAUAAUUCAUGUGUGCGCUCAUUUGCUUAUUGGAAUAAAAUGAAAGCUUAGUUUAACGAUAUAAGAGAAAGAAUCUAUCAGGCGCUACUGUAGGAAACCGUGAAUUUUGAACUGCGCACGAUACUACAAUCUCUUUGGAGAGGGAGAGGAAUAAAAAAGAUAGAGAGAGAGAAAGGGAAAUAAAGAAAGCGAGAGAGUUAACACAAUCCAAAUAGUUAGUAGAGGAGUUACCUCGUCAUUUGUUGUUUAUCAUUUUUCUUUUAGCCGUUUCAAAUAAAAACGUUAUUUCUUUCAAUUAAUCGUAGAUAAUUUAAUACGUUAUAACAAAGAUAUUUAAUAUCAGUUUCUAUUUCAAGUGUUUUAUUUCAACCUAAAGGAGGUUAAAAAGAAGAUAAAUAAGCAUCCCACACAUAACACGUAUAUAUAUAUAUGUACAUAUAUAUAUCACUCUUAUUGUGUGGGUGAAAGUAUCGUCAAUUGCAACAUGUCUGUCAUUAGAAGAAGACUUUUCGGCUUCUGCGCCAAUGGAUUCUAUUGCAAACACACGAAAUUCCCGGCUCUUCAGAAGGUCCGAUUAUUUAGAACUACGAAUCUGGAGACACGAAAGAUGGCAUAUACCAUGACACAAACAACCUGGAUGGCAACCAAAGAUGAAAGUCGUGAAAUGAUGGCAGUAUGGCCUGACGUUGUUCGAGAUCUUACAAAUAAUGGUCAAAACUCAGAUUUAUCUGAAGUCACCAAGUGGCUGGUUAAAGUAUUACAGUAUAAUGUUCCUGAAGGAAAAAAAAAUCGAGCAUUAGCAUUGGUUUAUGCUUAUCGAAUGCUUGCAACUCCAGAACAAUUAACAGACGACAAUAUCCGAUUAGCGCGUAUACUAGGCUGGUGUAUAGAAGUGCUUCAAGCAUUUUUCUUGGUAAUAGACGAUAUUCAAGACAAAUCUCUAGUGCGAAGAAACCAGCCUUGUUGGUAUCUUAAUAAUGGUAUUGGUUUAGCAGCCAUUAAUGAUGGACUAAUGUUGGAAAAUGCUGUAUAUCAGCUACUUGAAAUGCAUUUUAAAGGAAAAGAUUGUUAUAUUGAUUUAAUGGAAAUUUUUAGAAAGGUUACUAUGAAAACAUUAAUGGGACAAAAUUUAGAUAUGUUAUCAACUAAUUAUGGUAAAAAGCCAAAUUUAAAUCUAUUUACAAUGGAUCGAUAUAAUUCUAUCGUUAAAUACAAAACAGCCUAUUAUUCCUUUGUACUGCCGAUUAAGGCCGCCAUGUAUUUUGUGGGUAUUAAAGACCCAGAAAUGCAUAGGCAAGCACAAACAAUCUUAUUAGAAAUGGGCCACUUUUUCCAAGUACAAGAUGAUUUUCUAGAUUGUUAUGGUGAUCCAGAAGUCAUUGGUAAAAGUAAUUGUGUAGAUAUACAAGAAGGAAAGUGCUCAUGGUUAAUAGUCGUCGCAUUACAACGUGCGACUCCUGAACAAAGAAAAAUAUUAGAAGAAUGCUACGGCUCUAAUGAUCCGGAAAAAAUUAGACAAGUAAAACGUCUAUAUAAUGAUAUAGGUCUGCCAAACACCUACUCUAUAUAUGAAGAGGAAACAUAUAAUUUACUUAAUACACACAUACAACAAAUAUCACGUGGCUUGCCACACGAUCUUUUCCUUAAAUUUUUAGAAAAGCUUUAUCGUAGAGUAUCAUAAAUAUUAAAAAAAUAUAUAUAUAUAUAUAUAUUUAUUUUUAUAGCCAUUCAACAGACUGAUGUGUAAAAAUUUUGUGAAUUACAGUUACAAUAAGAUAGCUACAUUCAAAGGUUUUUAACUACCUUUUCAUUUAAAGUAUUGGUACAUUCCUUUCAAAUAUUAUUUUAGUUGAAAUUUAUAUAUAUUAAAUAAUCA